AUCAUACCAAUAUACGAUACGAUAUAUUCAAAAUAACGGGAGGCCCAGAUUUGUUAUUUUCGUUUCUUUUAAUAGUAAUAUUUGGUUCUUUAUUGCAAACGUAGGAUUUGCUCUAAGAUUCGUGCGGAGGGGAGGGGACUAUCGUCUUCGUCUACGGGUGAUUUAAAAAGUACUUAACUUUCCAAAGUAGUAAACAGAGCAAGCUCGGCGGACGCAUGGACGACGACGACGUAAACGGGGACGACGCCGGCGAAAUCUCAGCCGAGGAUCAUGAUGACUCCGAGACCGAUCUCUACUACUCCCGCAGCCGACGUAGCGCCGCCCUCGACCGCCUCCGCGCUCGCAUCAAGCUGCUCCACCGCCAGAUCAACAAGCCCCUGGCGGACAUCGUCCGCGACUGCGUCCUCUACCACCUUCCUGCCCGAUCCCUCCUCCGCCUCCGCGCCGUCGAUCCUUCCUGGGCCAGUUUCGUCUCCUCCCCCAUCUUCGCCCACACCCAAUCCCUAACCCACCGAUCCAUCUCUGGCGCCUUCUUCCGCCCCUGCCACGGCGCGGCCGCCACCUACGCCCACUUUCUCCCCGCCGCCGCUCACAUGAUCCCUGAACCCGUUCUCUCCUUCCUCCCCGACGCCUCCCACUGCUCCGUCCUAUUCUCUUCCCAUGGGCUCGUCCUCUUCUUCAAUCAAAUUUCGCUCACCUACUAUGUCUGCAACCCGAUCAACGCCGCCUGGAUCGCCGUCCCCUCCCCUCCCUGCGACCCCGGGCCGGAACCCCCUGCCGUCCUCGUAAUUUCCCCUAGCGUCUAUAACUUCCGCCCUGACUUCUCUAUCGUGAUCCCCUUCCGGAUCGGCGACGAUUGCGGCAUCAUCGGGUUCCAGACCUUCUCCUCGUCCGCCGGAGGAUGGUGGGUCUCCAACGAGACUUGCGCGGCGGAAUCUGUGUGCGCGGUUUCCGGCGUCGUCGCUGGCGGCGUGGUCUACUGGCGGACGACGAUGCUCACGGUAAUCAAAUACGAUCCGAAAAAGGACAGCGUUCGGAUGGUUCCCUGGCCAAUGGGACACCGGGCGAGCACGCUGUGGGAGAUCGGAGAAAUGGGCGGCGUCGGACGACUGUACUGCGUCGCCGUGACGUACGAUUCUGUGGAGGUCUACAAACUGCUAGGCGAGUUCGACGAGUGGGUAUGGAUAGAGUCCUUGUCCAUCAUCGAUGUCAGUUCUUAUGGCUCAGACGAUGAAGAUGAAGCGGCGGAAGAAGAGAAGAUGAAGGGGAACGAACUGUGGGAGGUGGAGCCAGACGGCAGAGUGGCGCUCAAGCAGCGGCCAUGGCCGCUGAGGUUCCAAGGAGCGAAGAUGGAAAUUCUGCUUUGGGCGGAGGGUAAUUUGGUGGCAGUCGACCUCGCGAGCAAGCAGGUGCGAACAGCGGCGGCUCCUGCCGGACCACCGGGGCACUACUAUGUGCCUCACGUCAGCACACUCGCCGCGGUUCCUUUCUUGGGAGACUUGGCAUGCUCAUCCUCCACCAUCGCGGCGGAGGGAGACGGACAGGGGCAGAGCCGGCGGCCUCCGAAGGCUCGUCGACAGUAGUCGGCUCCGGCGUGCCGAGUUGACUCACAAGUCUGGUAGAAAUUUCAAUAUUUUUCAGAAAUUGAGGGGGCAGAAUCAAAUAUUACAAUAUUGUAAAAAUAAAUUAUUCGAGUCUACUUAUUUUCUAUUUCUUAAUAAAAUUUAUAGAAUAUCCACUCCUUACUAUGAA